UCUCUCUCUCUCUCUCUUUCUCUCUCUCUCUCUCUCUCUCUCUCUCUCUUCGCUGCGGCUGCCUGCCUGCUCAGAAAACAAAACCGACCACUUGAGGAACACAGACUCUUUACCGACAGCACCGGGACCGGACCGGACCGGGACACAGGAUCAAAUAAAGCCCACAGAGAGAGAGCGACAGGCAACAUGACGGAGACCGCCAAAACCCACGUCAUCCUGCUGUCCUGCGGCAGCUUCAACCCCGUCACCAAGGGACACAUCCAUAUGUUCGAAAAAGCCAGAGAGUACCUGCACAAAACAGGUCGUUUCAUCGUGAUCGGAGGAAUCAUCUCUCCGGUGCACGACUCCUACGGAAAACCUGGUUUAGUGCCCAGCAGACAUCGUCUCACCAUGUGCCAGCUGGCUGUCCAGUCCUCUGAUUGGAUCAGGGUGGACCCCUGGGAGUGUUACCAGGACACCUGGCAGACCACCUGCAGCGUGCUCGAGCAUCACCGAGACCUGAUGAAGAGAGUCACUGGCUGUAUUCUGUCCAACGUCAACACGCCAUCAACCACUCCUGUGAUUGGUCAGCCACAGAACCAGACCCCACCCAUCUACCAGAACCACAGCAACAUGAACCACAAGCCCACAGCGAUCAAAGUUUGGGGGAAGGUCAGUGAGAGUCUGGGGAAGAUCUGCUGCGUCCGCCCUCACAUGGAGCGCUUCACCUUCGUCGAUGAAAAUGCAAAUCUGGGGACAGCGAUGAGAUACGAGGAGAUCGAGUUGCGCAUCUUGCUCCUGUGUGGCAGUGAUCUCCUGGAGUCCUUCUGCAUCCCUGGCCUGUGGAAGGACAGUGAUAUGGAGGUGAUCGUUGGGGAUUUCGGGAUCGUGGUGGUUCCUCGUGAUGGAGCCGACACGGAGCGGAUCAUGAAUCACUCCUCUGUUCUCCGCAAAUACAAGGACAACAUCAUCGUGGUGAAAGAUGCCGUGAGCCACCCGAUGUCCAUCGUCAGCUCAACCAAGAGCAGACUGGCCCUGCAGCACGGUGACGGCCAUGUUGUGGACUACCUGAAUCAGCCCGUCAUCGACUACAUCCUGCAGAGUCAACUGUACAUCAACGCCUCGGGAUAGAGCCCGCCACCUGCACGCAUGAGAACAGGGAGGGUGGAGCGGGGGGAGUGGGGCUACCUAGAACCACCAUCAUCUAUCUGAAUACCCCCCACCCUCCAAAACAAGAAAAUAAAAAAUAACGUCUUCUGUGUCAAACAUUUACUCUUCUUUGAACUGUCGCUUUCCAACUCCAACAGGAGCCUUCGUGUCCCGCCUUCUGUCUGUGUCAUGUGACCUUUCCAUCAGGGAUCGGAGGGGGGAGGGUGGGGGUCAGGGCGGGGCAUUUUUGGAUGAGAUGGGGUAAACUCAAAGGGCUGCAGAGGUGUCAUUGUGCAUAUAUUUCCACUGCAGUGGUGACGGCAGUGUUUACUCACUCUGUUUGUUAUCUGUCUGUAUUCAAGUUUGGGGAUGCAUGACACACAGCCGGGCAUGCUCAGUGUACCGACGGCAGACGGUAAAAAAACAACUCUUCUUCUGUAUCAGGGUGGCGUUCAGUUUAAAGAACACAGGGUUUUUAUGGGGGGGCCUCAUGAGAGAUGUGUUGAUAAGGAUGAGUGAUUACAGGGAUCUUUCUCACAGCUGUGAAAACACAGCAGAUGAAAAGUAGACCCAUUUGGAUUUCCCUGCAGAAAAGGGGAAUGCUGAAAGCUGAAAUGCAUCGCAAAACACUGCUAAACAUUUAGGAAUAAUUUUGUGAUUUGAAAUUUGCGAGUAAUCAAGCUGCCUCUAAAGUUUGAUGGGCGCUGUUGUAACACGAGGUGGUCAGAGUUGUUCUUGCAUGAAGCCCACUGUUUGCUCUGACGUCUGAAGGGAAACCUAGCACGUAGAGCUCAGCUCCCGUCUGUCACUGUAGCUAAAACUGUACAUAAUGACACAUCUACCAUAGUUCAGGUCAACUGUGUAACCUCCAUGCUAAAGGUUUAUCAACCCGAGGGUAACCAUGGCAACAGUGUUGAUGCUCUAGGAUGUGUUGGUGACUGAAGAAACUGAAGUGUAUGUGGAGAAAGAUUCAUUGUGUUCAUGCAGCUAUUUUCCUCUGAAAACAUCAUCGGGCGGGAAGCUAACAUGAGGCAUUUUCACACAUUUACUCCUGAAAUUUUCAACUUCCUCAAAGCCCUGGUAACUUUGGGGUAAACCCUGAAAAUUGGGGACAUUUUAAGCAGUUUUGGGCAUGUGUGGAAAGCGCUAAUGCGAUCAUGAUGCUGUGUUACGUGAAGUAAAUCCAGGUUAGCUGAGAAUUGUUUUCACUUCAGCACUCGUUGACAAGUAAAAAACUAAUAAGACCUAAAAUAUGGAGGGAAAUCAGGUUGUAUUUUAAAGAACAGCAACAUAUUUAAUUACACAUUAGCUACCUUUUGAAAACAGAUAAUGCUGGAUUUCAAUCGAUUCCUGAAUAAAGUUACUAUAGCUAACGUUACGUUAGCUAGAAAGAACGAUAAGUAGUUGUUUGUUCCAAGCUCACAUUAUUUCAAGUGGGAAUUUUAGUGUUUUUAUUGUAAGGUUGUCAAAAUCUUCUGUACUUCAUUACAUUUAGAUCCCACUUGUUUUAAAACCACCCUCUUGGUUAUUUUAUUGAUCGAUUAUAUUGAUAGUGACGAAACUUAAAAAAAUCUUCAGAUCUUAAGAGAAAGAGGGAGAGCAGCGGUGGGUCUUUCAAAUUCACAGGUUGGCAGAUACUGACUGUCUUGGACGAUUCUGCAUCAAAGCAGAGACAGAACAAAAUCAAUUAUUGCGGUACUGACGUCGCUUUUCGUGUUUCUGGCCGCAGCUUGACCUUUAUAACUGAUUUAUUUUGGUUUACAAUGUAAAGACAUUUGUGUUGAUGUUAAUGUUCUAAAGUACUUAAUGAAUAAUAAAAAGGGAGUUCAUAUUUA